ACAAAAGACUGGUCCUCUUUCUUUUUCCGGUAGAGGAAACAAGAAAGGCUGUCCACUCCAUCGAUUACAAAAGGCAGGAAUUACGGAGCAUCUGCUUGGCAUGGUCCCUCGUCCAGAAACUAACAUUUCGUCUUCUUUUUGUUGCUCAUAGCAAUCUCAUCAACUGACUUUUACAUCCCUCCUUUCACAUUCUGUUCUGCAUUCGAGAGAGAGGGAGAGGGAGGGAUGGGGAACAGCGUUGGAUCAGGAAGGAAUAGGAGGGCGAAGGUGAUGAAGAUCACCGGCGAGACCCUGAAGCUGCGGACUCCGGUCCGAGCUUGCCAAGUGGUGGACGGGCACCCGGGGCACGUCCUGCUCGACUCCGAGUCAGUCAAGCACUUCGGCAUCCGGGCGCGGCCUCUGGAGCCGCACCACGAGCUCAAGCCCAAGAAAAUCUACUUCCUCGUCGAGCUACCGAAGUUCCCCGACGGGCACGAGAAAGCUUUUAGGCGGGUUCGAUCAGGUUUGCAGAUGGGCGCCAAGGACCGGCUGGAGUGCCUGAUGCUGUCGCGGAGAGCCGCGUCAGACAUGGUUAGGCCGACGGAGGCGAGUUUCCAGCCAGAGAGUGCGGCGCCGGUGCAGAUGAAGAUGCGUAUUCCAAGGGCGCAGCUCGAUAAAUUGAUGGAGGAAAGUUCGGACGACGCAGAGGUCGCUCGGAGAAUCGUCGAUCUUUACAUGGGACAAGUUGGAGUUCUCAGAGAGAAGGAGCAUUUGGGGAGUGAUCAGAAAUUGCCGAUUCACCAGCAUCAGAUGGGUCAUUGGAAGCCUGCACUUGGUGGUAUUAGGGAGAGCGUCAAGGCUCGGGAGAAGCAAGUGAACAUUGAUCCAGCAGACGCGGGAGAAGCUCAUAUAGGCUUACGCUCGCAACGAUAAUCUUGAAGCUUGGUUCGAUGCUAAUUAGAUCAGCUAAUAGCUUCGAUAUCGCUAUUUGGGGGCACAAAAUUCAGCUCUGGUUCUCAUUUACAAGGAAUGUCUUUGGUUCAUAAUUAUGCUUAGCUUCUAAUGUAUGUAAUUUUCUGAGCUAAUAGCAUGUUGUUUAUAUGUAAGAUGCUGUCUUGUUACGCUUAUGUUCUUAGUGUUCCGAACUGCCCUCUUCUUCAUAAGACAAAUUGGCCCAUUUGUAAUA